UUCGUUGACAUUUAUUACUAAUCCAAGUUAAUAAUCCCAAGUCCUCUCUCGCUCCAAGUUCUUCUUUCUUAUCCUUCUCGCAAUCCUGAAUUUUGCAGUGCCUCGCUACUCUACAGAGGAUGAAAGACGUAGAGGGUUCCCCGGAUACGACGGUGAAGAUUGAAAUUCUUGGAUGCAAGGAAGGUGGUGGACCUUGGGAUGAUGGGGCUUAUUCCACCAUCAGACGGCUUCUAAUUUAUCACGGACAGUGGAUCUGUUCUCUUCAUGUUGAGUAUGAUAAGAAUGGCCAUUCAAUUUGGGGUUCCAAGCAUGGCGGGAACGAAGGUUCCCUUUCUGAGGUUAUGUUAGAUUACCCAUAUGAGUAUCUAAUUUCAAUUAGUGGUUACUUCGGCAACAUAGGCCAUUAUAGAAUUGCAGCAGAUGUGAUUCGUUCCUUGAUUCUCCAAACAAAUAGAAAAACUUAUGGACCAUUUGGUAUGGAAGAGGGAACCAAAUUUUCAUUCCCAAUUAUGGGGGCCAAGAUUGUUGGUUUACAUGGCAGAUGUGGUUGGUUCCUCGAUGCAAUUGGACUCUACAUACAGCCAAUUCCAAGAAUCCAACUCAAGAACUACAGCCUGGGACCUUUUGGAGGCAAAGGUGGGCAUCCAUGGGAGUACGUUUUUCGGUCGAUCCUACGGUUUGUAGUUAAUCAUGAACAAUGGAUCCACUCCAUUCAAUUUGAGUAUGAGGAUAAGAAUGGAAAGUUGGUAUGGUCCAAGAAGCAUGGUGACAGAGAUGGAAGUUCCAAAUCAGAGGUGGUGCUAGAAUCUCCAGAUGAGCAUUUUGUUUCUAUUCAUGGCUACUACAGCCACAUACGUGCUAUGGGAGAUCCUGCCACUGUGAUUCGAUCGCUGACAUUUGCAACUAAUCGAAGAACUUAUGGGCCGUUUGGAGCUGAAGAUGGAACCAGAUUUUCAUUUCCAAUUAUGGGGACAAAUAUCGUUGGUGUCAAUGGCAGAUCUGGUUGGUACCUUGAUGCGAUCGGACUCUACUUAGGAACAACUCAAAAAACGAAGGCUGAGAUGGAGCCUGCAGCAGCUUCACCAGCACCCGAAAUUCAAGAGGUGCCCUCUAAGCUGAGACAAUAUGGUGGUGAAGGUGGGGAUGGUUGGGAAGAUAUGUUUCGGUCAAUGAGACGGCUUGUGGUUCGUCAUGGAUUGUGGAUUGACUCCAUUCAGUUUGAAUAUGAAGAUGAUAAUGGAAACAUAGUGUGGUCUAGGAAGCAUGGUGGAGAUGGAGGAUCCCCAUCAGAGGUUGUUUUGGGAUUUCCAGGGGAGCAUCUUGUAUCCAUUCAUGGCUACUACAGUGAUCUUCUUAGUUGGAAACUUGGAAUCACUGUGAUUCGAUCCUUAACUCUGGAAACCAAUAAGAAGACCUAUGGGCCAUUUGGAGUUGAAGAUGGUUCCAAAUUUUCAUAUCCAACUGUUGGGUCGAAGGUCGUGGGCUUUCACGGCAGAUCUGGUUGGUAUCUUGAUGCAAUUGGACUCUACGUAGUGUCGAUUCAAGACAGUCCAAGGGAGGAGACUGAAUCCCACGCUCGCCGGAGAAACUUAAGCUCUAGAUCCACGGGUGUUCGGCAGUCGACUUCGGAUGGAUACAAACUGAAGAGGAAGGUCGAACGAAGGGAGAACGCCAAGUUGCUAGUGUUUGCAGGAGGACGAUCUGCGAGAUUUGAGGAGGAUUGUGGGUGUCGGAAACGAAUCAGAGGGCGAGCCGACGACGAGCAUGUAGAGGAAGACGAAGGUUCCUGGAAUCCGGCGGCGUCUAACACCUGGGACGACGGAGUUUAUUCCACGAUCAGACGGAUAGUAGUUUAUGAGAGAGAGUGGAUCUGUUCAAUUCAGAUUGAGUAUGAUCAGAAUGGAGAAUCAUUUUGGUCGCCCAAACAUGGUGAAGACGAAGGUUCCAAAUGGGAGGUUGUUAUAGAUUAUCCGGAUGAGUACUUAAUUUCAAUUUACGGAUACUAUGGCUGCAUACUUAAUUGGGGAUACGACGUCACUGUGAUUCGAUCAUUGACUUUGGAAACCAACAUUAGAAGUUAUGGACCCUUUGGAGUUGAUGAAGGGAAGAAAUUUUCAUUUCCAGUAACUGGAUCGAAGAUUGUUGGGUUCCAUGGAAAAUCUGGUCGGUACCUCAAUGCAAUUGGAGUUCAUGUCCAAACAAUUCAAAAAAUUGGGCUCCAGCCUGAGUCUCAGCCGAAGCACUUGAACUUGGGACAAUAUGGAGGCAAAGGUGGAGAUCCUUGGGAGGAGACUUUUCAAACAAUCAGACGGCUGGUAAUUUAUCAUGGACUUUGGAUCGACUCCAUUCAAAUGGAAUAUGAGGAUGAGAAUCAAAAGUUAAUGUGGUCCAAGAAGCAUGGUGGGGAUGGAGGUUUCCGAUCAGAGGUUGUUCUGGAAUUGGAUGAGCAUCUUGUUUUGGUUAAUGGCUACUACAGUGACUUGCAUAAGUGGGGAAUUGCUGCCACUGUGAUUCGAUCAUUGACUCUGAAAACCAAUAAAAGAACUUACGGGCCAUUUGGGAUUGAAGAUGGAACCAAAUUUUCAUUCCCAUUUACAGGGUUAAAGAUUGUUGGCAUUCAUGGAAGAUCAAGCUCGUGUCUGGAUGCAAUUGGGGUGUCCGUACAUACAACUCAAACCCAAAUAAAAGGGCUGGGGGCUGAGAAAUUUAGCCUAGGAGAAUGUGGAGGUGAAGGUGGAGAAGCUUGGGAGGUGGGUUUUAGGAGAAUCAGGCAAUUGGUUAUUAGUCAUGGACAGUGGAUCGACUCCAUUCAAAUGGAAUUUGAAGACGAGAAUGGGGAGUUGGUUUGGUCCGAGAAGCAUGGUGGAGAUGGAGGUUCCGAGUCAGAGGUUGUUCUAGAUUUUCCAGAUGAGGAGCUUGUGACAAUCCAUGGGUACUAUGACGAUCUACAGUACUGGGGAUUGGAUGCCACCGUGAUUCGAUCCCUGACUCUGGAAACCAACAAAAGAACUUAUGGGCCAUUUGGGGUUGAAAAUGGAACCAAGUUUUCAUUCCCAACUGUUGGGGUAAAGAUCGUCGGCGUUCAUGGCAGAUCUGGUUUGUAUCUCGAUGCCAUUGGCCUUCUCGCCCUUUCAAUUCAAGACUACUAGUCAGUCCUACGCUCUUUCUACUUCUGUGUUCACCAUGAUGUUGUAUUUGUAUGUUUCCACACGAUUAUGUACCUAAUUAACACCGAAUUUUGUAUGUAUUUUUGUUUGGUUUGAAAGUAUUCUAUUUUUUUCUUA